GAUGAUAGAGCCAUAGUUGUUUUUUUUUUUUUUUUGACAUAAAUUCACUCACCAAACUCUCAACUGUCAUCAUUUUUUUUUCUUCACCCAAACAGAAAACCAAACCCCCAAAGAAAUUUUCACCAUAAUUUUCUCCUACUUUCCCUCUCUCCAUUAAUUCUGGAAAACCAUUAAAAAAGAAAGGCAACUUUUUUUUUUUUCCAAUUUCUGAAUGUACUGCUUCUUCCCCAAUUUCAAGUUUCUUUUUGAUUUAACCAUUCAUGUUUUCUCCAAAUUUUAGUCAAAUGGAUUGGUCGAUUUCAUGGGAUGAAUCAUACCUCAAUGCAUAUAAAGAAGUAUUCCGUGCCCUUUGUUUGAUUCCUAUUUUGCAUUAUGUAAUUGCGUUUAUGGUGAUUUGGGUAGUUUUCCUUUACAAUUUCCUGGAAUUUCAUUUCUUCCAAGACUUUUUCAGUGGAUUCCGAGGUGCUCCCGUUGCUUUGACCUUUCACCCCACUUCCCAUAUCUACCAUGGCGUGGUUUCCAAGUGCAAGAUCCUUCAUGGCAGGUAUUUAGCAACACCGUGGUUAUCAAGUCCUCAUUUUCAGACUACUUUUCUCAAUUUCUUCGGGAACCCUCCUGCUUUCAGCUACCGCAGACAACUUUUUCAUGCUUCUGAUGGUGGAACCAUAGCUCUAGAUUGGCUUACAAGUUCUGAUAUUUCAAGAGGUGCCUUUGAAGUGAAUCAUACUAUCUCCAAGGAAGACACUACACCUUUGGUGGUUGUCAUUCCUGGCUUAACAAGUGAUUCUACUUCUUCAUACAUUAAGCACCUUGCAUUUGGAUUGGCAAAACAUGGAUGGAAUGUUGUAGUUAGCAACCACCGAGGACUGGGUGGUGUUUCAAUUACUUCUGAUUGCUUUUAUAAUGCUGGUUGGACAGAGGAUGCCCGAGUCGUCAUUGAUUAUCUUCAUCAUCAGUAUCCGAAGGCUCCUUUAUUUGCUAUUGGAACUAGCAUUGGUGCCAACAUUCUGGUGAAAUAUCUUGGAGAGGAUAGAGAGAAAGUACCAGUAGCUGGAGCAGUGGCUAUUUGCUCCCCAUGGGACCUUUUGAUUGGUGAUAGGUUUAUAUGCCGCAGGCUACUUCAGAAGUUAUAUGAUAGAGCCCUUACAAUUGGCCUUCAAGGUUAUGCAAAAUUGCAUGAGCCUCGCUAUUCUCUGUUGGCUAAUUGGGAAGGAAUAAGAAAGUCACGUUCAAUUCGAGAUUUUGACAACUUCGCUACUUGCUUGGUUGGAAAAUUUGAGACUGUGGAUACAUACUAUAGGCGUUCUACCAGCACUCCUUAUGUGUUAAAUGUGUCAGUGCCAUUGCUCUGUAUCAGUGCUCUAGAUGAUCCGGUCUGUACGAGAGAAGCUAUUCCUUGGGAUGAAUGCAGGGCAAAUAAAAAUAUUGUGUUGGCCACCAUAAAACAUGGAGGACAUCUCGCAUUUUUUGAGGGAAUAACUGGAUCUAGACUAUGGUGGGUGAGGGCCACUGACGAAUUUCUUGGUGUCCUACACUCUAGUUCACAUAUGCACAAAAAGAAGACUGAGAUUACAGAGCAGAAGGCAUCAAUCGAAUCAUCGAUUGAUCAGGGUCCUUAUGUAAACGUUGGAGAAGAUGGAAUGGUGGCUGCAGUUGGUAGCGCGCAUGCAGGAAAUAAAUCAGUCGAACACUUUACGGGGUUGGGGAGUAUUCAAGAUAAAACUGUUUUAGGAACGGAACAAACACAGCAGCAGACGGAAGCAAAGUCAGAUGUUGCAGGCAGUGGUGGUGAAGUAUCAGGUGAAUGUUCAAGCCUGCAACGGAUCAAGUGUUUUGAUGUGAUUGCUGCAUCAAAAAGAUGGUUGAAUCAUCUUCUAUUCCGAAAAAACGGAAAAUCGGUGUGGUUACUAGUUUACAUUGCCAUAAUUACAAGUUGGCCAAUACUAGGUUCAGCUCUUCGCAUUUUUUCCAGGAAGAAGAAGCUCAGAAAUUUUUCGGCUGCAACUUCUCAUAGAAGGUAGGUAAAAGAUGUAUUUUCUACAUGUUUUAUGUGUCAUUAUUCCUCAAAACAGGGCUUUUGCUUGUACUAAUUGUGAACUAAUAAUCUCUCUAUUAAUUUGAUCGUAAUUAGUUAUCAUUUUUAAA